CAAAGUAGCUUUUGUGGCUUUGCGCCUGAAAGCUUUUCCUCCUCCCGGCCUUCUUCAAUUACUCUGGCUCAGCUUGUUUGGUUGUUGUGGGUAACACUGUUACCGGGGACGAUGUCUGAACACAUUCGGCUCUCCAUAGCACUGUGCAGGAUUGGCUUUUACACGUGUCUUCGAACACUGUGCUGUAAAGGUCCCCCCUCUCCUAGACCAGAAUAUGAUGUGGUGUGCAUUGGACUCAGUGGUGCUGGUAAAACCGCUCUGCUUUCUCGGCUCUGCAGCGAAGGCAUUGAUGGCAUUGUGCCAACCACAGGUUUCAGCAUAAAGGCAGUGCCUUUCCCAAAUGCAGUGCUGAAUGUGAAAGAACUUGGAGGGUCAGACAAUAUCAAGAAGUACUGGAGCCGCUAUUACCAGGGUUCCCAGGGGGUGGUAUUCGUUCUUGACAGCACUGUUUCAGACGAGGAGCUGGAGGCCUGCCGUUCCGAGCUCCAUUUGGCCCUGCAGCACCCUCAGCUCUGCACGCUCCCCUUCCUCAUCCUUGCCAACCAUCAGGACUCACCAACUGCCCGCUCUGUCCCGGAGAUAAAAAAGUACUUUGAACUGGAGCCACUGGCAAGAGGGAAGCGAUGGAUCCUUGAGGGCAGCACGAUAAACAACAUGGAGGCGGUGAGGGAAAGCUUCAGUCAGCUCAUCAGGCUUUUGGAAGAGAAGGAGCUACGACCUGGCAGGAUAUGAUUCAGUCUUACUUCAAAGAUUCAGAGUAAAAAUGAUUGUCCAGCUAGACAAAACGAAAAAUUCUUGAUGUGUCUGUGGGGGAGUGUUGUUUGACUGGAGGAGUUUGCAGGACUUGUUUAUUUUUUACCUCUCCCUCAAAGGUUGUUUUUAUAUCACUGAAGAGGAGAAAUGGACGUCAACUCUAAACAACAGCCACAUGCAGAUGGAGUCAUCCUGAAUUUUAGGUCAGGGUUCAACUUUUAGUAGCACAUGAACCAAAGUUUUUUUGAAAGGAACCUUUUUUAACUUGAAAA